UCAAAUAUUCACGAGUCUCGGUUGUUUCAGAGUAGUUAUCCACACUUUCCUCACGCAAUUAUUGGCCUCAUCCAUUUUUUAUAUCAUAACCUGAGCAACGCAGAUCAGUCAUACCUCUGGAAAGUAAAACCCGUAAACCCUCUGGCCUAUUCAGCUACACUGUCCUGGCCAGCCCAACUCUCAAUGAGAGUUUCAGCAGGCCCAGAGCAUCAUCCCAGGAUUUCCGAGACGUUUGAGACAUUGACUCACAUCCCUUCUACACCAAGAGCUUUGUGUAACGUCGAUUCUCGAGCCUUGCGUGUUGUCAAGCCGUGGACAAUCUUUCACCAGAGCGAUCGAUGAACUGACACACUGACUUGGGACAUACAUUGACUUUGAUCAGCGAUCACACAACUACUGUUUUACACUGAUUGUGGGGUUAUCGUGUCUACGAUUUGUCGUGGAGCGCACUCACUUAACCGGAACAUGAUUAGAAGGCUCCAAGUCUCGAAAUCGCACAUGUAAUAAAGUGAAUCUGAUAGCGUAAACACUAAUCCGAGUAAGUCUCUUCUGCAGUUCAACUUGGAGCAUUGUGAGUGCCCCGGCAGCUCAACAAAUCAGAUAGUGAGUCGUUGAAGCUGCGCUCAAGAACAGUGAAAACUGGUUGGAUUGGCUUCAUCCUAAUCAGAAACAAGAGAGCACGAGAAGUCAAAUGGUGUCCGUAAUUAGUCCCCACUAAUAGUUGCCACACACAUAUUCAACGUUCUUUGAAUCGACUGCUGGCCAUUGCCCUGGCGAUCUAAGAGCGAUCAAGCGAUCGAUCCAUUUUCGUCAUGGGUAACAAAGUCACACGGACAGAUUUUGAGUGGUCCGACGAAGAGGAGCCACACGCCAAACGGAGGAAGGAAAUCUUAAAUAAGUAUCCACAAAUUAAGAAACUCUUCGGGGUGGACCCUACAUUUAAAUGGAAGGUGUUGUUCCUUGUGGUGAUGCAGUUCUUCAUGAUGUUUGUCAUGAAGGGACAAAGUUGGCCAGUCACCAUUUUAACUGCCUAUUUCUUCGGAGGAGUCAUCAAUCACGCUCUCAUGUUAGCCGUCCACGAAAUCGCACACAGUGCGGGAUUUGGGUAUGACAAACCCAUGGCCAAUCGACUUUUGGGCAUGUUCGCUAAUCUCCCGAUUGGCCUUCCCUUCUCCGUGGCAUUCAAGGGAUAUCACCUGGAACAUCAUCGAUACCAAGGCAAGGAUGGGGUGGAUACUGACAUCCCAACGGAGAUGGAGGCCAAGUUGUUUUGCACCACUUUCGGCAAAUUCAUCUGGGUUUGCCUGCAACCUUUCUUUUAUACGAUUAGGCCGUUGAUAACCUACCCAAAGCAGCCUAUUAAAUUGGAAUAUGUGAACACCGCCAUUCAGUUGACGUUUGAUGCGUUGGUCAUCCAUUAUUUUGGUGGUCGAGUGUUCUUCUAUCUGGUCGGCGGAAGUAUCAUGGCCAUGGGAUUUCAUCCUGUUGCUGGACACUUCAUCUCAGAACACUACAUGUUUAACCAAGGAUUCGAAACUUACUCUUACUACGGCCCCCUGAACUGGGUCACGUUCAAUGUUGGUUAUCAUAACGAACAUCACGAUUUCCCUUACAUCCCCGGAUCACGUUUACCAGAGGUGCGUAAAAUCGCUCCAGAAUAUUACAACACCAUACCCGCUCACCACUCAUGGACUAAAGUCAUCUAUAACUUUAUAUUUGAUCCAGCCAUCGGGCCUUAUGCAAGAAUCAAGAGGAAGGAGGUGAAGAAUGUCGAUCACGAAUUGAAAUCUCUGGCACAAGAAAAGAAAACUGAAUAGAUAAAUAUAUUUCCAAAUUUACGGAGAAAGGGAAAGAAAUAUAUCCUUCAAUUAUUUUA